GGAGGGAGUAGGACUUGAUAUAUGAUUCUUACCCACCAUUUAUAUAUUCCAAUCCUCUUGAAUACUGUAAUUUAGUUAUCCUACUUCUGUAUUUACAAUCUGAAACAUAUCCGACGUAACCACACACACAUUAUCAAAACCUCAAAUACACAAAAUGUCUUCCCAAAACCAAGGCCGCGAAUCUCCUCCAGCAGAGAAGCAAUCCGAUGCCCAGAAGGCCGCUCCUUCCUCAGGACAAGGCGUCAGCGACAAGCCCAACACCGAACAGUCUGCCAAGGACCAGCUCAAGGGUCUUGAAUCCAACCCAAAGGGUCCGAUGGAGAAUUAUUUGGAGGAGAAAUUUGCGAAAGGUUUCCCGCAGAAAAAGUAUUAACGUGUUCAAGGAGAGGUUGUAAUAAUAGUAUAAUGAUCGAAACAUGUAAAUUACGUAGCCACUUGAAGCUAUAUAGCUGAAAAGAUUACAUCUUUCC